AUAAAAUAUUAUACUGUAAGCCUGUACAAUUAAACAUGGAAUAACACAACAUAAUAUAGUUUGCUUCAUGUUCACAGAACCUUAUUCCUGAAUGCAUUUUCCCACUACAGUAACUUGUGCCGCAACAAAACGGAAACAGAUUAUAUUUGUUAUUAUGUUGCACAACAAUAAUUUGUUAUAACAAUUUCCGGCGGCCAUUUCACAUAAUAAGCACUUUUACUGCAUAUAGUACAUUUAGCUGAAAAAUACUUGUACUAGUAGUUCACCAGUAGUGUACUUUUUACUCAAGAAGAGUUUUUAAUGUAGGACUUCCUUAUAACAAACUUUACAUUAUUAACUAACAUACAGCUGCAUGUUCAAAUAGUUGAACUAGAUAAUGAAUAGAAAUAAUAAUAGAAAAACAAUGCAAAAAAAAAAGGUCUUUGUUGACGUUCACAAGAUUUGCAUUCAGUGUUUUUCUGUUGACUUCUUCUCUAGGCAUCACAAUUCAUGAGGAGGACUAUGGGGACACAAUCAGAAUAUGGCUGUCCACAACGGCUGUAUCACUGGAGUUCACCCCGAUCGACAGCUCCGAUGUGAUAAUCUUGUGGAAGCGUGAUGACCCCUCAGCCCAAGAGGACCAAAGGAGGAAGGAGAUGGGCAACUACUUUAUGAUAUAUAAUUCAACCCAGGGAGACAGUGGUGGCUACAGAACAAAAGACAAACAUGGGCUCAGUUUAUCUUACACAUACAUUAGGGUUGUAGCAAUAAAGAAGUUGUAUAAACCGCAACCUGGUAACAUGAUCAAGUUCGUUUUCCCCCUGGAAUUAAACUCCUGCAACAUUCAGUUCUUCCAAGAAGGUGACGAAAGAGGGACUGACAUGGUCAAGAAUGGCGUGCGGCUGUAUUUCGAUAAAUCUCAAUGCGCAGAGUGGGAGAUGUUAAGGCCAUGUAGCCUUCAACUAAAAUAUGCCGAAACGGCAUGCAGCGGGCGCUAUCUGGGCGUAGAUCAAAAUGGCCAUACAGCCUUAGAGGCGACACUGGAAGUGGAGUCAGCAUCUUCUGAUACAUCUCCAAUCGGUGUUGGACUUGGUAUUUUCUUUAUUGUAAUGGGCUGCUGUGGCUGCUUGAAGCACUGCUGCUGUGGAAAGAGCUCCUCCAAAAGUGACGAACCUGAGACUCCGGAUGAGGAGCCUGUAGUGCAGCCCCGUCAGUAUGAACAUAAGCCUGUUGGACCGAUCAGAGAACCACUGAGUCCUCCUGCUGAAACACACUACCCUGCUCUGCCCUCGUAUGCUCCGACUGGUCCAUUGAUACAUAAUCCUCCUGCAGUGGAUGCACCGCCGUCUUAUUCUGAGAUACACAUUCCUCCUGCAGUGGAUGCACCACUGUCUUAUUCUGAGGUUCCAGCUCCAACUGUCCCCUUCCUCUCUGAGCCCGGGCAGCGGUUUGAACUUCAGGGGAACGCCUUUUCUUCUUCUUCUUCUUCUGCCCCACUCAGCUCGGACUCACCUACCUGUUAUGUUUAUACCUCAGACAAAUUAAACCUCCUCUGAAAGCCCGGAGUUUGAAAGGUACACUCAAAUGUGUAAACUCACUCUUUAGUGCAACAUUAAAGAAUUAGUUCAGCAUUUUGGGAAAUACAAAUAUUCACCAGUGGCCUCCUGGAGCCUCUGCCGGUUGCCUGGCAACUGGUCCCAGCAAAGAAAUAGUCUGGCACAGAAGCCCCCACAUAAAACAGCAAAUUGUGACUGUUUUGUGGAUAAAGAAACAAGUAUAACGUUAAAUAACAAGCUUUAGAAGUGCUCGUAGGAGAGUGGCAUCAAUCUUCUCAUCUGAUUAUCUGCAGGAAGCAAAUAUAACAUAUUUCAUAAAAUGUUAGACUAUUGUUUUAACAUUGACAGUUUUUGUGGGACCUGCACGUCUACUCCUCACACAGCUAUAGUAUCUGUUCUUCCAGAUACUGCAAUUUCCACAAUGUUUAACUGGGCCAACGUUUAUGAGAGUAAGAGUGAAGACAAUUUUUUGCAUCUGAGUUGGUCCCAUUUAUUUAAUUUUUUUAGGGUCUUCUAAAGCUGCAUGUGUCACUAACAGAGUAUGAGACUUCGUACCCCAGGAUCACAGGUUCAAAGCCAUAGGCAAAACAGAAAUUUUCACUUAAAAACAUGUACUUGAAAUUAACAGUGCCUGCAUUAUGGACAGUAAUGUUCUACCUCAUGAGUCUCACUUAAAGAGAGGUACAGGUUUUCAUAAUACUGAGUGAAUAACUUUCUCAUCCAUGCACUUCUGUCAGGGAUGCAGCAUGUUUUUGUAGACCAGCUUUACUUUUCAGGGAAGAAACAAACACAAAGUAGCCUUAUAUCUGCAAACUCUCUGUAUUUAUAUAUUAUAUAUAUCUAUGUCUCUCUGUAUUUAAAAAUAGAAGACAUUUCCCUUUCUCUUGGGAUUGCUGUAGGUGUUUAUAUAUACUGAUAUAUAGCUAGUGUAUUGGGGUGUAGAUAAAUGUUUUUUAAUAUAAGAUUCAUAAUAUAUUGAUUGUGUAAAGAUAUCACGUGCACUGCUGGCCUUUUCUUUGUACAUAUUUUCAAUGGUGGGUGGCACAAUGGUAUAUAAAUACCUCUGUGCUGCACUCAUGUCAAUCCAAGUCUAAACUUGACGACAGCAGCAAUGUGUUUCUUUCUCCAUUUUAUCACUCUCACUCUCAAUAUAGGAUAUACUAAACACAACAGGAAGUUAAAUAUUUAUUGAUUCAAUAGAUUGAAUCGUAAUUUCAUUUCAUUUAAAUUGUUUAUUUUUGCAUUUCUGUGAGCAUCUGGUGUUUGUAUGUUAGUGUACUUAGACCUUGUGUCAGGUGUAUUAAAGCUAAUAAAAUCCUCCUGAAUGA